AUGGACGGACUCGACGAUUUCGAAAAGGCGCUCGCAGCGGAAAAGGGCGAAAGACAGCGAAUUGAGCGGGAAAAGGAAGAGAGGAGGCAGCGCAAGAAGAAUCGACACACCCACCAUCAUCGAGACGAACGCGACGAGCCCUCGGAGAGGCAUCGAGACAAGGACCGCGACCGUCACCGAUCCCAUGGAUCACGACGCCACGACGGAGAAGAUGACGAGCGCAGGCACCGGCACCAUAGAUCGCGUCAUCAUAACGAUGACGGCGAUAACGGCCACAGGCAUAAGCGAUCUCGCCACGAAAGAGACGACGACGCGUCAGAAUCGAGGCACAAACGGCGACGCGACGACCACCACAAGACUUCCGACCCCAAGGAGGACCUUCCUCUCCCGGACGAAGAGAAGACGCCGGAGAUUGACGGGAAACCGAGCGCCGCUCCUGUCCGGGAUGCUUGGAUGACAGCGCCGUCUGCACUGGACGUUGACUACGUACAUCGACGCGAAAAAGAUCAAAAGCCCCCACCAAAGGAAGAACCACCCCGAGUCAUCCAUGAACGCGAGAUCAACAAGGAGAUCGAUUCCCCCAAGGUCAGCUUACCGGAUAGCCCGGCCGAAAGAACUUUCAACUACAAGUUUGGAGACUCGGGCUCCCAGUGGAGGAUGAUGAAGCUCAAGGCUGUCUACACCGCGGCCGACCAGAGCGGGCGUACACCAGAGGACGUGGCUCUUGAACGAUUCGGCGGCCUUCGAGAGUUUGACGAUGCGCGGGAAGAGAAGAGCGAGCUAGAUCGGAGACAGAUUUACGGCGAGGGCUACGUCGGCAAGGAGCAGCCGACGGGCGAGCUCUAUGAAGAGCGCAUGGCCAAGCUGAGUAUCACACAAAAAACCACCAAUGAAGCGCCUGAGGAACUGGAGCAAGGCGUCGUCAUUCCCGAUGAGCCCAUGCAGCACACGCCAAUGGACCAAACCACCCUGAACAGGCUACGUGCGCAAAUGGUCAAGGCCAAGCUGACGAGGGCUCCCAAUGCCGCCCAGCUUGAGUCAGAAUACAACGCAGCCGCGGCUAGCUUUGCGACCAAGGGCCCUCAAUCCGUCACGCUCGGCGCUCAGGACAACAGGAUGCUUGCCGGCAGUCGCGGCGAGGUCAAGGCCGUGGAGACGAAGCGCGGGCGGGAGCGGGGCAAUAAACUGAGCCGCAUCCUCGACAACUGUCCGCUCUGCUAUCAUGAAGACAAGAACCAGCAGCCGCUGGCGCCCGUGCUCUCGCUGGGCACACGCGUCUACUUGACGCUGGCGACAGAGCCCGAGGUCAGUCCCGGUGGUGCUGUCAUUGCGCCCCUGACGCACCGCAAAAACCUCUUGGAGUGCGACGACGACGAGUGGGAGGAGCUGCGCAAUUUUAUGAAGUCUCUGACGCGGAUGUACCACGACAAGGGACAAGAGGUCAUCUUCUACGAGAACGCCGCGGCACCGCACCGUCACCUUCAUGCGGCCAUGAUUGCCGUGCCCAUCCCUUACGAGGAGGGUGCCAUGGUGCCAGCGUACUUCAAAGAAGCUUUCCUGUCCGCAGACGAGGAGUGGGCGCAACAUCGCAAGGUCAUUGACACGGGCGCCAAGGCGGCCGGGGGUAUGGGCCGCAUGGCGUUCCGGCGGUCGAUUGCUAAGGAGAUGCCUUACUUUCAUGUCUGGUUCACGCUGGAUGGGGGCUUGGGUCACAUAAUCGAAAACUCGGACAAGUGGCCGCGGGGUGAUUUGUUUGCGCGAGAGAUUGUCGGUGGGAUCAUGGACGUCGGGCCAGACGUCAUCAAGAAGCAGGGCCGGUGGAGGAGAGACGACACUCGAGUCGAGGGUUUUCAGAGAGGAUGGAGAAAGUUUGAUUGGACGAGGCUGCUCGCAGAAGGGUAG